AUGGCCGGACAGCAGCCCGACUCGUGGGAGGAUGCCGUCGACGAAGACCUCGCCAACCAGACCCAGCAGCGCCUGAACUUCCAGCAGCAGCCGAACACAUUUACACCCGGUGCGAACACCUUCACUCCCGGCGCACAGUCCUUCCAGCCCGGGCAGCAGUACCAGCAAUACGGCUACGGCCAGCAGCAGUACAACGGCUAUCAGCAAUACGGCCAGCAAGGGUACGGUGGUGGCUACCAGCAACAACAGCAACAAUAUGGCUACGGCCAACAGGGCGGCUACCCUCAGUACGGCCAGGGCCAGCAGCAAGGGUAUGGCCAGAAGUACCAGCAGUACCAGCAGCCUCAGCAACAGCAGCAAGCAUAUGUGCCCCCCGGUGCGCGGCAGCAGCAGACGCCCACGAUCGCGAGGCGUGGAGAGGCCCUUCCCACACAGCAACCAGCCGCUCAGGCACAGAAGCCGGCCGCAGCGAACGGAACGGCACCGGUCAAGACUCUGUCACUAAGCGCCAGCGACACAGGAGCUGCUGCACCAAAGGUCGAGAAGACUGCAGGUACCAAGGUCCUGUCACUUGGCACGCCUGCCGCCGCCCCAGCAGCAGCAGCUGAGAAGCCAGCCAAGGAAGCUGUCAGCAAAGAGGCGCCCGCGGCCGGUACUAAGGUCGCUGCUGCUCAGGCGAUCGAGAAGACGGGCGAGCCCACCGCAGCAGUCAGCGGCAGAACAACACCUGACCCUUCUGGCUCUGGACGAUCCUCGCCCUCUCGCGCAGAGCAACGAGCAGAAGCACGAAGAGCCGACCUGGUCGCUCAAGAGCAAGCACAAGAAGUCGAUGAUGAGGCACUCAAAGACAUGUAUGGCAAGGAGCAUGUGAACGUCAUUUUCCUGGGACACGUCGAUGCCGGAAAGAGCACAUUGGGCGGCAGUAUCCUGUUUGCGACUGGUAUGGUCGAUGAGCGAACAAUGGACAAGUACAAGAGAGAUGCGAAAGACAUGGGUCGAGAGUCAUGGUACUUGUCAUGGGCGCUGGAUCUGAAUAAGGAGGAACGAGCAAAGGGCAAGACUGUCGAGGUCGGCAGAGGCUUCUUCGAGACCGAAACACGACGAUACUCCAUCCUGGAUGCUCCCGGCCACAAAACAUAUGUACCAAACAUGGUGUCAGGUGCUUCGCAGGCCGAUGUCGGUGUGCUAGUCAUCUCAGCACGAAAGGGAGAAUACGAGACCGGUUUCGAGAAGGGUGGCCAGACGCGAGAGCACGCCGUUCUCGCCAAGACACAGGGUAUCAACAAGCUCAUCGUGGCAGUGAACAAAAUGGACGAUGCAACCGUCAACUGGUCAAAGGAGCGCUUCGAUGAGUGCACAACCAAACUGACUGUAUUCUUGAAGGGUCUUGGUUACAACCCGAAGACUGAUCUGGCGUUCUUGCCCGUCUCUGCACAGACCACCGUGGGCAUCAAGGACCGAGUGCCCAAGGAGACUUGCCCUUGGAACGAUGCGCCUGGCCUUCUCGAGUAUCUCGAUGGUAUGAAGACACUGGAACGCAAGCUCAAUGCACCAUUCAUGAUGCCCGUGGCCGCCAAGUACAGAGACAUGGGUACCAUGAUCGAGGGCAAAAUUGAAGCUGGAUACAUCAAGAAGGAGAACAAGUAUCUGCUCAUGCCAAGCAAGGCAGAAAUUCAGAUCAGUGCACUCUACGGUGAAAGUGAAGAAGAAAUUCCCCACGCAACCUGCGGUGAGCAGAUUCGGUUGCGCAUCAAGGGCGCUGAAGAAGAAGAUAUCCUACCAGGUUUCGUGCUGUGCUCACCAAAGCGACCCGUUCACAAUGUCUCAGCCUUCGAGGCUCAGAUUCGGUUGCUGGAGCUGAAGUCCAUCCUCUCUGCUGGCUUCAACUGCGUGCUGCAUGUUCACUCAGCCACGGAAGAGGUCACUUUCGGUGCGCUCCUGCACAAGCUGGAGCCUAAGACAAACCGCAAAUCCAAGAAGCCUCCAGGUUUCGCCAAACAGGGCAUGAACAUCAUCGCUCGUUUGGAGAUCAUAGGCGGUGCCGGCAGCGUUUGUGUAGAGCGCUUUGAGGACUACCCACAACUUGGCAGAUUUACUCUCAGAGAUCAGGGUCAGACUAUCGCUAUCGGCAAGAUAACGAAACUCAUUACGGACACUCCAGCCGCUUAA